UUCCAUUAGUAAUAAUGCAACGUUAUAGGAAUCAAUAAUAACCAACGAUAUUUAACUACUAGUUAAUUUAUUGAUAAUUUCAAUGAACUAAGAAACUUCAAAUAUGAAAUAACUGACAUGAGAAUAUUUAGACUUAGAACUUUAUGUGCAUUAUUAGUUGGUAAGAGUCUAUUUAAUUGUUGCUCUAAUUUCAACACUAUUACUAUAAGUGGAUUUGACUUUUAAUUUAGAUUGAGCUAUUAAAUUUUGCUAUUAUUGAGCAACCUUAACCCAAGAACAACUUAAGCAUUAUAUUUGAAUGUUGAAGAAUAAGAAUAAGCUGUUAUUAUUGCAAGGGUUCAAUACUGCAAAUUCACGAAAAAUUACGUUUUUCAAUGACAUUGGCAGAACAUACGGAACUAAUUUUUCUAUCAAAUAUCAGUUAAAAAUCAGUUUCCCGUGUGCAAAUUUACUUAAAUGACAUGGAGGGCAAGAAUGUGAUUUAAUGAUCCCGGCAUUCAGAAUAUACGGCGUAAUUGUACUAUUUUAACAAUUUAGUUUCGAACCCAAUCACUCGAAGUAUGAUUUCCGUGUUGUUACGCUCCCAUUGUUAAUUAUCUUUUUGUUCCAUAUAUUUGACAAUGGGAUGUUAAAGUCUUUGUGCUAUGCUAAUUCCACAUUUCGCCCUCACGCGAUUUCUUUUUUUUGUUAUCUUGUUAUUUGCGUCGGAUCGGCACACACACACACACACACCCACGCACGCACGCACCCACACACACUCACACACAUACACACACACACACACACACGCACGCACGCACCUACAAAUACACAUACACAUACACAUACACACACACACACACACACACACACACACACACACACACACACACACACACCCACACACACACCCACACACACACGCACGCACUCACACACCUUGAUAGUGCAUGCCAGAAAGCUAGCAAGACGGUAUCCAGCUGGUCAUUGCGGGUGCAACGCCUAUCGACCUAUUAGCGUUUGAGAGAGCCAAGCUCUAUGACGCUAAAAGGAAAUUCGACAACUUCAAGGAGGCAAAAACAAGGAUAAAAGCGGAAACCCAGCAAGAGUAGCAGGACGACGGGAAGACGGGCAGAUGGACGGAGCGUCUGAUUCCGAAUAUGAAUAUCUGGCUUUCUCGAAAACACGGGGACACAGACUUCUAUCUGAUCCAGCUACUGACGGGACAUGGACAGUUCAACGCUUAUCUUUUUAGGAUGGGCUUACACAACACCCCUAUGUACUCCAAAACGAACUAGCGAUAGACUGUCUGACAGACCCAACAUGAUUGAGUUCGACUGAGGGCAAAGAAGGCAAGAAAUCACCCUCGCAAGUAGCGCUACGCAUGGAAGUUUCCAACAGGAGGAAUAGGCUGACGACUAAGAGAAAUCAAGGGCACUGACAUGCAACAAUAUCAAGAAUCAAUCUGCCUAAUCAUUGAAGACACCUACGUUUGCGAAAAUCAACAAAAAUUGUCACGUAGUCAAUGUAAAUGUUUCAACGCAUAUAAUACGACCAAUCACCAGUAGAUUUGUUCUAAUAAUACCAUCGGAACAGCAACUUAAAUUACAAAUGACUUGUCGAAGUAAAGAAAUAGCUUUUAUUGAAGAAGCCUGCCUAAUCAAUGUUCCAGUACCCAAAAUACUUAACUUUGGAAUAAAAAAGAACUUUUUAAAGGAAACCCAUUCUCCCUGUAAUCCAUUAAAAUUGAAAAUAUGGAACACCACGAUGUGAAAUACCAGCCACUCCAGAGUAGAUAUAUAGUACCGAUAUAAGAAGCAAAAACCGCACAUAACCUCAAUUUCCUAACCCCCUCGCAGCGGGGGCCCCCCGCGCGUGGCGGUCCGGCCCGUCCUAGUGUCCCCCCUGGCUACCAGAGUGCGCUCCGCCCCCCACCCACCUUGUGUAGCGUCCUGUUUUGCCCCGGUUCCGCCCGUCGCUGCUAGAUGUCGCGCGCUCCGACCGUCGUAGGCCCCCCGGGUAGAGGGCAAAGACAUUGCGGUACGGGGACGCGGGGGAUCGGGAGGAUAAUUAAAUAAACUUCAAUUUUAAUAUAUUUUAUUUUAUUUAUAAAAUUGGUCUGGCGAGGAGUUUCUUCUUCUUUUUGUGUCGAUUCAGUCGACCAUCCCAUUGUUCCUGUUGCAUGAGUUGUUCUUCUUCCCGUUCCCGGAGGAAAUCUAAAUACGAAGUGCACUCCUCGCCGUCCCCCUCUGUCAACCACCCACCCCCCCUCCUUGUGUAGCGUCCUGUUUUGCCCCGGUUCCGCCCGUCGCAGCUAGAUGUCGCGCGCUCCGACCGUCGUAGGCCCCCCCGGUAGAGGGCAAAGACAUUGCGGUACGGGGACGCGGGGGAUCGGGAGGAUAAUUAAAUAAACUUCAAUCUUAAUAUAUUUUAUUUUAUUUAUAAAAUUGGUCUGGCGAGGAGUUUCUUCUUCUUUUUGUGUCGAUUCAGUCGACCAUCCCAUUGUUCCUGUUGCUUGAGUUGUUCUUCUUCCCGUUCCCGGAGGAAAUCUAAAUACGAAGUGCACUCCUCGCCGUCCCCCUCUGUCAACCACCCACCCCCCCUCCUUGCGUAGCGUCCUGUUUUGCCCCGGUUCCGCCCGUCGCUGCUAGAUGUCGCGCGCUCCGACCGUCGUAGGCCCACCCGGUAGAGGGCAAAGACAUUGCGGUACGGUGACGCGGGGGAUCGGGAGGAUAAUUAAAUAAACUUCAAUUUUAAUAUAUUUUAUUUUAUUUAUAAAAUUGGUCUGGCGAGGAGUUUCUUCUUCUUUUUGUGUCGAUUCAGUCGACCAUCCCAUUGUACCAGGAAUUCUAACCCCCGGUACUCUUUGUGUGAUUCGAAUAUGUGACGCCCUAAGCGAUGCGCCAACAUAAUAUGCGACUUGUCAUAGGGACAAACCGCAAUUUUUUCUAGAACAAAAUAAAGUAUGAUAUGUAGCGUUUCCUAUAAAACACAUUUUUUCAACAAAAUUUCCAAAAAGUGGGGUUAUCAAAUAAUUUUAAAAAUUGUUUUUAAAGUUAUACACGCAUACCAAAAUUCACGUUUAAAUUCAAUGUCAUUUAAAUGAUAUUAAAAACACUCAAUUUAAUUCGAUUAUUAUGCAACGUAAAAAAGUGUAUUAUUAUCAAAAGGGCAAACUGCAAUUUUUUAGUACAAAAAAUAAACAAAAAUAUGUAUAUAUAUAUUUCACGUUUCCCAUAAAACGCACAUUUUUGAAACAAAACUUUCAGUAAGUGGGGUCAUCAAAUAAUUUUAAAAAUUGUUUAUUUUUUAAAAGCCAAAAUUCCCUUUUCUAUUCACUGUCAUUUAAAAGAUAUUAAAACACUCAAUUUAAUUCGGUUAUUAUGCAACGUAAAAAAGAUGAGUAUCAUAUUUUAAAAACAGGUAGAAACUAACCAAAAAACUGAUAACCCAAACUGAAACCCACAAAAAAAGACACGAACUGUAUAAAGGUAAUUAAAAUAUAAAACUUACCAGUUCUAGGGUCGUAGGGAAAUGGACAUCGCACUUCUGUAUUCAUUGCACUGAAUAUAGUCUAUAAUACACAUGCAACGUAUUUAUACACAUGUACUCCCUUCCACGGUUGAAUUAAAAAUAGAAAAGUAACUUCAAAGUCGAAAGGUCUUCUACCCACAAGCACCAACGCCGAUUUGAAUAGACGCGAUGUUGCCGCCAGACAACCGUACAGGUAGGAGUCUCAGGGUCAACAUGCUUUCAGACGGGAACGACUUGAGACGCAACCGCUUCGGACGUUGGACGACCGUAUGUUGCUGCAAAAGAUCAAGGCCAACUUGCUUUCAUUUUUUACAGUCUCCGUAUGGGAUGUAGAAUUUCAAAACGCGCCGAGUCUAAAUGUCAAGUUGUUUUGCUUGUUGAAAAUAAUAAUUAAUUGCCCGUUUAUAUUUGCUCCGUGGGAUUAACGUAAUGAGAAAAAUUUGUUGCAACGCAUGUGGAGGUGUCUUUGUUUGUUAACUUUUGGAAAGUAUUCUCGCACCGUACAUCUCAUUUUUCUCUGUUUUGUCAGUAGUUGUUUUUGGUAUUAUUCGUGCAACGUGGAAGCUAACUUAGUGGUUUGGUGUUCGUACCAAAAAGCAGUAAAUACCUUUUUUAUUGUUUUAUUUGAAUUCCUUAACAUUUGUUAUUAUUUUAUAAAGGUCUUAAAGAUCAUCUUAGUACUCUCAACCCGUAACCGCAACUAGAAUAGCAGCAAUCUUAAGCAUGGACUUAAGUCAACUGAAUCAAACCUGUCUUGCAGAAGGUGAUUUUGAGCAGCCGAUUGUCAAACUGCAUGAAUUGCCGAUAGGCGUUCCGUUUAAAAUUACUAGAGCCAAAAUUGUUAAUACAAAAUUUGGCAAUUCCGUGUUGUUGCAAUUAGAAAAUUCCGUAGUAUUUCUUCGUACUCGCGUGACAGAAGCUUUCCGUCCGAGACUAGAAUACUUUGCGUCGGGGCAGUACAAACUGGUCUACGAGAGAUCCAAAGAUAUUGGAAAGCCCAACUCUUUAAAAAAAAUCAAAAUAAUUCAAAUUGAAUCAACAUAUUAUACAGGGUAAGUCUUAUUUACUGUUAUAUAUUUAAUAAACCACGAUGCGCGUAAAGCAGAUCAUUCAUAGAGCGCAAAUCUUAAUUUUAACCUUACAAAAAUUAAAAAAGCAUAUUUCCUACAAGUUCACUUUUAGAGAUAGUGAUGUGUGGCUUAGGAGACUAAAUAAAAAUAUUGAAUCUUGCAACCAAAUCGUUCCUAACGAAAAAUUAUUCUUAAUUAUCAACAUAAGCAUUUUGGAUUGGGAUUAUAAAAUAGCAGCCGCGGGACAAACACAAAUGAAUUGGUUGUAUGGGAAUCGGUAGCGUCGUGUUUCCAGGGAAGAGUUCAGACCGGUGUCAUAAUUAAUUUACUUCAUAAAUUUUUAAUUCAAUUUUUAAACGCUUGUCGUCCAAUUUUUCAACAAAAAAUUAGUCAAAUUUUAAAGAAAUUUUUAUUGCUGAAAGUACCACAUUUUGCGGUGAAUUUAUUAAGGCAAAAAAUGAUGUCCAAGGCGAAGUUGAUGUUAAAUAUCUGAGUACCGGAAAUGCUGUAGUUGAUUUAGGAAUAGAAUUGAAUGAUUGGUUUGUUGAAAAUAAGCAAGAAAAAAUUUUAAAUCAAAUGUCAGAGUUUCAGGAACGUGAUUCCGGGUGGGCUUUAAAUAAUAUUAUUUAUUUAGAGAUUAACAUUAAUAAAUUUGUAAUGGGUAACGGAUCAUCCUUCGUUGAGUUGCCUAAAGAAAUUGCGAAUAAAAGGGCUUGUAUUAAUAUUAGAAAUGACGAUCAAGCGUGUUUUUAUUGGUCGGUUGUAUGCGGACUCUUUCCAGCACGUUUUCGUCAGUAUUUACCCUCCUCAUAUCCAUACUACAAAAGUGUUUUGAAAACUGAAAAUUUACAAACACCUAUGGAAAUGAAUAAAAUAGGCAAAUUUCAAAAAGGCAAUGAUAUUUCCAUCAAUGUUUAUAUCUUAGAGUUUAAUAAAAAUGAAAAAAAUUGUUUUUAUUCCGUGCUACCUCCACGAUUAACAAAAGAAAAACGCGAAAAACAUUCAAAUUUGUUGUUAAUACAAAAUAAAUAUUAUCCAAAAGUUAAUGAUUUUGAUCCUGAUCCGCAAGAUAAUGAUCAUGAAGAAAUAAAAUAUCACUAUUGUUACAUUAAACAUUUGUCUCGAUUAGUUUCCUCACAGCUCAGUAAAUAUAAUCACAAGAAAUACAUUUGCGAUAGGUGUUUAUUUCAAUAACGAAACUCGUCUACAUGACCACGAAACAAUGUGUUCCAGUUUUAAUAAGUAUAAAGUGUCUUUUCCUAAAUAUGAUCAUGUUGAAUUUCGAAACCAAAUAUAUAAACAAACGACUCCGUUUGUAAUUUACGCCGAUUUUGAGAGUCAAUUGAGAAAAGUAAAUUUGAAAAUUACAGAUAAAACCUCGAAAUACCAAAAGCACGAAGCUUACAGUGCUGCAUAUUACUUUAAAUGUUGUUAUGAUGAUUCAAUAUCAUUUUUCAAAAGUUAUCGUGGUCUAGAUUGUAUUGAUUGGUUCGUGGAGGAAAUAUCUAAUUUAUCAAAAUUUGUUCGUCCAAAAUUUAAGGAUAUUAUACCGAUGGAUAGUGAAAUUAGUUUAGAUCAAAGGUCGAGCCAUUGUCAUAUUUGUGAAAGACCUUUUUCAAAAGAAGAUUGUAUUGUUCGUGACCAUGAUCAUUUUACUGGCAAAUUUAGAGGUUUUGCCCAUCAGGCUUGUAAUUUAAAUUUUAAAAAAAUAUUUGUAGUGCCCGUAGUAUUCCAGAACCUUUCUGGAUACGAUAGCCACUUCCUGCUUCCGGUUUUAGCAAAAAAAAGCUGUGUAUCCAUAGUUCCGGUUAAUAAGGAAAAAUACAUCUCUUUUACAUAUUUCGAACCUGAUUAUAACAUAAAAUUUAGAUUUAUAGAUUCGUUUAGAUUUUUGGGAGCAUCUCUAGAUAAUUUAGUUUACAGUAUGGAUAAAAAUGAACUAUAUAUUUAAAGAAAAGAAUUUUCCGAUCUCGACGAAUCAAAAUUAAAUUUACUGUCCCAAAAAGGUACUUUUUGUUACGAUUACAUCGACAAUAUAGACAAAUUAAAUGAAACAACUUUACCACCGAUUGAAGACUUCCAUAAUAAAUUAAGUGAAAGCAAUAUUAGUGAAGAAAAAUAUUUCCACGCACAAAGUGUUUGUCAGUCGUUUGAAAUAAAAAAUUUAGGCGAGUAUUCAGAUUUGUUUUUAAAAACCGACGUUAUUCUUCUGGCAGAUAUAUUCGAACAUUUUCGAAAAACUUGUAUGGCAACACAUGUUUUGCAUCCGACAUGGUAUUUCAGUAUGCCCGGGUAUACAUGGGAUUGCAUGCUUAGAUUCACAAAAUGUCGUUUAGAACUUUUGCGCGACAUUGACCAAAUUAUGUUUAUCGAGCGGGCUAUACGAGGUGGAAUUUUGGUGUGUGUUGGUAGAUACGCGGAGGCCAACAAUAAAUAUAUGCCCAACUACGAUUCAUCCAGGGAUGAUUCCUAUAUCAUAUACUUUGACGUCAAUAACCUCUAUGGCAAAGCCAUAUGCGAGCCUCUUCCUUACGGAGGAUUCGACUGGAUGUCUCAUCAAGAGAUUGAUUCAUUUAAUGUCAUGAAAAUUCCAGAUGAAUCUUCCCAAGGAUAUAUCCUAGAGGUAGACCUGGAAUACCCGCAGAAAUUACAUGACACACAUAGAGAUUUUCCAUUUUGUGCCGAACAUCGAGUGCCCCCCAAUCAAAGUUACCAAAACUAAUGACUACUUUGUAUAAUAAAGAAAAAUACGUCAUACCCUAUCGCAAUUUAAAACAGGCUCUCAAAAACGGUAUCGUACUAAAGAAAAUUCACAAAAUAUUAAAAUUUAACCAAUCUCGUUGGUUGAAAUGUUAUAUCGAUCAUAAUAAUAAAUUAAGAGCCCAAGCAAAGACAAAAUUUGGUAUAAAUUUAUACAAAUUGUUUAAUAAUGCCGCUUACGGUAAAACAAUGGAAAACAUUCGCAAGCAUCGUAUUGUUAAAUUUGUUAAAGCGUGGGAUGGCCGCUACGGUGCGAAAAAUUUAAUUUCUAAUCCUAGAUUUCACAGUAAAACCAUACUUGAUAACAAUUUGUUGCUUAUAGAAUUAAAGAAAUCGGAGCUUUGCUUUAAUAAACCACUUUAUAUUGGAAUGUCCAUAUUGGAUUUGUCGAAAACGACCAUGUACGAGUUUUAUUAUAAUUACAUGCUUCCAAAUUUGGGUCCCGAAAAAUGUAAAAUUCAAUACAUGGAUACGGACAGUUUCAUUUAUAAGAUCAAAUGUUAUGAUGCAUAUGAAAGCGUUAUUAAGGCAGAUUUUCAAAAAUUUCACACGUCUGAUUAUCCUAAUGACAAUCCUUAUAAUAUACCGCAAAUCAACAAAAAGGUUCUGGGGUUGAUGAAGGAUGAGACUAAUGGCACCAUCACUAGUCAUUUUGCGGGGUUAAGCUCGAAAAUGUACACUUUCAAAGUUUUAACGGGUUUGGUAGUUAAAAAGUCAAAGGGUAUUCAGUACAAUAUUGUAAAAAAUAAAAUUUCAUUUGAUGACUACGUGGAAUGCCUAAAAAAUUUAAGGGAAAAGCACGCCACCCAACGAACCAUUCGUUCAUACACUCGCAAUGUAUUUAGCAUCGAACAAACAAAAGUUGCCUUGAGUCCUUUGGACGAUAAACGUUAUCUUUUGCCGAACAACAACAUUAGAAAGCCUUUGUAUUAUAACAAUUUGCGAAAAUAUUAGGUGUAGUGCUGAUUUUUUGCUUGAGUCACCUUUGCCUUGGAAACUAACGAUACUAAUAUUUAAAUAUUAUUCGAAAUAUAGAUGGAGGUACCUUAAACAACUAGCGCUCCAGUCUGAUGGCAAUUCUUUAUUAAAUUUAGAAUUCAUUCUGUUGAAUAAGAGAUUUGGGUCGUCUUACAGAAAUAGCAUUUUGGCAACUCCAACGAUUGAUUUUGACGGAGAAUCCGCUUACUGUUUAUGGGUCAGUUAUUACAGGAUAAAAUAUUCGGAAAUUUUAGUUUGUAAAUCUUGCCACUUUAUAUUUCAACUAGUUAAAAAAUUUAAAAAGAAAAUUUUUAGACUUCUAUUGGAUCACUAUCAUUUACAGCUGGAUACAAAUAAUUUGAAUGAUGUAUAUCACGAUAAACAAUUUUGGUGUCAAAGCUGCUUUGAAGAAGUUUUGUUCACUGUAGAAACUGAAGAUGAAUGUAAUUUAAUGCUUCACGGUGAGGGGAAAUAUGGAAAAAAAGUUACGCUUUUCUGAUAGCAGAUUGAACUAUUAAUACUGUGGUUUUAUUAUAAAAUAUAUAACUGUAGAUAAGGUUUUUAUGUAUUAAUUGUAUUCCAUUGUAUU